AUGGCAACAUUAAUACAAGAUAAUUGGUUUGUAAUAAAGCAAGAGAAAGACAUUGGAAGCACCUUAAAAGGGACAAUCGGCAAGGGGAGCAUAGGGCAAUUACUCGUGUCAAUUGCAAGGCUAGGAUUCGUUUCAUUCGUCACUAUAGGACGGGGUGGAUAUGAUAAAGUUGGUUUUACCAGCAAAGACCUACAUAACCACAUUAGUAAGACUAGGCGUGGCCAAGUGAAAGACGAUGAUGCUUUUGCUGCGUUGGCUUAUCUGUUGUCCAAAGCAGACAAUGACCCAUUAUUUCUAGGAAAGUUCACCUUAAAAGAUGGUAAGUUAGAUAAUUUGGUGUGGGUUGAUAGAGCAAUCGUUGUUGAUUGCGAAUGUUUUGGCGAUGUACUGGCUUUUGACACCACUUACAAGAAAAAUGUCUACAACAAGCCCUUAGUCAUAUUUUCAGGGACCAACCACCAUGGUCAAACAACUAUCUUUGGAUGCGCCUUGCUUUCGGAUGAAAGGUCAAAAACUUUCAAGUGGGCACUGAAGAAAUUUUUGGAAAUCAUGUCAGACAAACUAUUUGGAGGCGUUAUGACAAACAGGGACCCGCUAUGA